AUGAUGAAAGAAAUGAAGAUAAAAGACACUGUAAACGGAGUUCGAAAGAUACCUUCACCAACUUCAGGUAAUCCAAAAGGUUUAAAUGAUGCACAAGCUGAUUCAUCGAACGGGACACGAACAGUUCCUUCUGCUAUAACUGGAAGUGACGCAUUAAAUGGGAAUCGAAACGUUACGAACACUUAUAAUGCAAUAAGUAAAGACUCAUUCAAAAAGCCUGGGGCUGACGCUAAAAAUUCAGCUCCACUGUCAAGUACUUGCUGUUUCCGGGAAAGAACUGAACUUUUGCAUAACAUAAACAUGUUCGAUCCUGCAACCUUGAAACAUGUGCAGGCUCCCGUCACACAGGAGAAAAUUACUCCUGUACCGAUUGCAAUUAUUUGCUGGAAAAAUGGAAUUCAUCCGUCCGAUCCGCUUGCAGCAAAGUUCAGAGAUGAUAAUGCAAGAUAUAUUGCUGCUGAUGAUGAAGAAGAUGUUGGCGAUGACGACGAUGAUGACGAUGAUGAUGAUGAGUGGGAUGACUAGGUCAAUUUAAAUUUGCUGUUCAGUUUUAAUGAUAUAUUUGCUUGCCACAAAGAAACAAAACCACAGAGGAGACCUAACAGUGUAAAAGCGAACAAACUACAUUAUUUUUAUAAUGACAAUACGGUCCAGAACUUGAAUUCUAUACACUGUAUAUUCUGAAUUGUGUAGGUUUGAACUGCAUUAAUGAUACAUUUACCGAGGACAAUUUGGUUAUGACAAAUCGUACCUAAUUGGGGUCAUAGCUCCUUUUAUAGGCUGGAGUAAUCGCAACUUCCUACUUUUGGUAUAUCACCCAGGUUACUGUAAGACAUGAUAUAAAUUUACUUAGUUACUUAUUAGUUAUGAUAUGGUUUAAACUACAUGUUCAUUCUUCACACCCUCCUCUCUGUAAAUCUAAUGUAUGAAUAAUCUUUUUUGGAUGUAUAUGGUAUAUUUUCGUUUUCUUAAGGUUUAUUUAUCAUGUUUGCGCCGUUGAAUUGAUAUGAUGAUAACAUUUUUAUAGACGACCUUAUUGUCUUUUAAUUGGUUUAAAGGUAACCGAGACUCUGGAAAUAGAAAACCCUUAAAAAUGUUUUUAAAAAAGUAUUGCAUUAAAUAUGAUAACUAAGAAUAUUUUAGAUAAUGAAUUCAAAAGGUACAAUUGUUUUAAUCAUAUCUAGACUUCUUGUGUACAUGCCUGUUUAUAACACUUUCAUCCAGAGGUUAUAGAGGAUAUUUAAGUUUUCCGAUAAAUACAGGAUUUAUUUUCAUCGAGUGAUAUGGAAAUAAAUAUUUCAUGAGUGGCAGUAGCCACGAGUGAAAUAUGAUAAUUUUCAUACUAAAAGAUGAAAAUAAAUCCUAUAUUUAUAGAAAAAACUUCAUUUUUCUAUUUAUGAUAUACAUUUUCUUUUCUGAUAGAUUUCCCCUUAAUUUUUUGAAAUUUUUGUAUUGGCUGAAUUUAGAAGAAAGUAAUCCUGCAAGACACAAGUGAAAAUACGGAAAAUAUGUUUCACUGCAGUGAAAAAUAAUUUUUUUUCAGUAAAAAUACGGAAAAUUGAAAUACGCAUUUUGUUUUAUCGAUAUUUUUCAAUAUUUCAUUUAUAAGUAUAUAAUAAACAAGGUAUAUUUCCCUCUUCCGUAAGACUGGAGAAAUGAAGUAUGGAAGGGAAGAUAAGGUUUAUUCAUUGAUAACUCUUUAACUGUAAGGGCUUCAAUAUCAGAAUCGAAAACUUCUGAAAUCGUCGCUGUGACAUUCAAAAACUGUUGUACUGACCAUUCUUUUAAUUUCGAAGGAAAAUAGAAAUAAACGGAACUUCUUUUACCGGAAGAAGACAGAGGCGAUGAUGAGGUACGUAAUAUUGGUCGAGGUUCUCUCAGAAAUUAUCUAUACGUUUAAGGGGAGAAAUCUUCUAUAUUGUAUGUUUACCAGUCUCCCUAUGUUUAUCUAUGCCUCAAUGACAAGAAUAAAUUUAUAUGAUCAUGUUGAAAUUCUAAGUUUAAGUUUUAAACUAAUCAACCACAGACCUAAAAUUAUCAUCUUCAACUUGUUAAAACACUACACGUAAAAAUGUUCGCCAUUGAUGAAACUCGUAGAUUUUUUUUCCAACCGGAUCAAUCCUUUAGCAGAAGAAAGGAAUUCACCAGUUCGAUCCGUUCAGAGAUCAGCGUUGACUAUAUAUUUGUUUCCGAAUUUUAAAAAUCUUCAUUUAAGAAAUUAUAAGAAUUUUGUAAGGGUUACUUUUCAUAUUUUCUUUGAGUGAAAAUACAUGAGAUAUAUAAACAUCUUGUUGUCGUUUUGAUAAGUUAGAUGACAAGCUUGAUUAAUGUAAACAUUAGACUGCAAAAAGGUAAUGGUACAUUUAAAGAAAUAUAGCACUUUAUAACUAUACAAAGGAGAAUGUGUUUUAUAUAUAUAUAUAUAUAUAUAU